CUGCGUGUUGCGCAUGUUCUUCCGUAGUGCGAAAGCGCGUGUCCUCCAAUAAUCUUGCCAAAUACAGUUUAGCUUCACGGAAGUGACAUCUGGCUCCAACCAAGAUUACAAGAACUCCGCAAUCAGCUCCACGUCGCAAGCCUCCAAGUCGCUCUGCAAAUCGUAGCGCAUUUUGUCAACGAUGAGGGGAAUAUGGGCACUCCCAGCGGUGCUGCGCAUAGCGCUGGCGAACCAGCACGCAUUUAGCGUCUUCGACGACUUGCUCGCGUUCCCGCAGUAUGAGGUUUUAUGGCCGGACACUUUUGUGACCGAGAAUGAUGCGACUUUCCUGCUCUCCCACGCAUCACCCAGCUCGAGCUCUGCCACACCGGGUUCGCAAGAGACGCAGGAACUAUCCAAGCGUGAUAAGCCAGCCGCGAACAUAGCACACGAGGACGAACCGCUCGAGCAGACAUACGAGGCAGUAGUACUGCACGGACAGCGGUACCUUUGCAGCAUACCUGUGAUACCCGAAGAGAUACCUCAGAAUGACACAACAUCGGCCGAGGAAGCAAAGGCCGAGGAGGAGAAGGAGCUCCUACGCGCAGCAGACCGUGGAUGGGAGUUGCUCGAAGGCAUGAAGGGCAACUGCAUAUACUAUGUGAGCGGCUGGUGGAGUUAUAGUUUCUGCUACAAGGAUGAGGUCAAGCAGUUCCACCAACUGCCCCAGAGCCGAGGGGUCCCCCACUAUCCGCCCGUCGAGGAUACGAGCGUACACAGCUUUGUACUAGGCAAAUAUCCAAAGGAGGAGAAGAACAAGAAAGCGGAUGCCCAGAAAACGCUUGGAAGUGAACAAGGCAGCAAGGAGGCUUUCGACGACGAGGGCGAUGCGGGUGAAGAGGAGGAGAGGGGCCUAGAGAUAUCAAGACUAGAGACCAAGGGGUCGAGCAGGUACAUGGUGCAGCGCCUGUCCGACGGUACCGAAUGCGACUUGACGGGCAAGCCGCGCAAGAUUGAUGUACAGUUCCAUUGCAAUCCGCAGUCUGCCGAUAGAAUCGCUAUGAUCAAGGAAACAAGCACCUGCUCCUACCUCAUGAUUGUCGAUACACCUCGCCUCUGCCACGAUGUCGCCUUCACCCCACCACAAGAGAACCUCGCGCACCCUAUAACUUGUGAACCUGUUAUACCAGAGUCUGAAGUCGACGCUUGGACAGAAGCACAAGUCUCCGCCAAGAUGGCCGCAGCCGAACGUCUCAUCGCUGCUCACAACACAGCCGACGACGCAAAUACAAACCCACUUCGCGAGCUCGCCGACGGCCUCGAGGGCUCUUCCAAGCGCAUCGUCAUCGGUGGCAUUGAAGUCGGUGCGAAGAGGUUUGUUGGAAGCGAAGGCAAGGUGAUCGAGAAGUCAGUCGUUGUUGGAGGAGGCAAGGAGACGUUUGUCGGUACAGUAGCGAGCAGUGACGGCAAGCAAAUGUCUAAAGAAGAAAUGAAGAAGCUCAACAUUGCCGACCCCAAGGAUGUUGAGACCUUGAAAGGAAAUCUAAAGAAGCUAGCAGGCAAGAAAGGGUGGAAAUUAGACCUUGUAGAUACACCUAGAGGCAGGGAGUUCAGAGGUAUCAUCGACACCGAAGAUCAAGACACUGAGAAGACGAAGAAAAAGACGACCAAGAACAAGGAUAAGGAUAGCGCAGGCAUGGGCAAGGAAAAGGAACGUGAGCCUGAGCCUGAGCAGGGUGAUGGGGAUGAGAUGCACGAGGGAAGUGAGGAGGUGUACAAGGAUGAGCUUUGAGUUGCUUCUGUACAGUAAUGACUCUUUGUCCCUAUGCUUAUAGUGAGGGUGGUGGGCAACCCCGAGCGCGGUCCUGUGCUUUACCAGCACAUGCACGGUUGAUGUAGUUGGCUGUGAUCAUACCUUGGUCGAGACUUGCGCCCUUAUGGAUAGGAACGCUUCCGCAUCCUAAGAAUCAUCAGCUUCAAGUUACCAGCGUCGAGAAGAUUAGUCUGACUUACGUCCGCAGGGGUGAUUCCUAAGCCGCUGAACGAUCUCUCGGACGUCCUUGGCGUUGAUAUCCAUAUGAAGGUUUCGGGCGAAAAUGCACAUGCCCUGAAAGUAUUCAUGAUUGCAUACUUGGCACGCAAUCUUCUCGCCGUUCUUGAAUGUGACAUGAUCGGCUAUGAACAAUGGCUUCAGUAAGAGCAC